GAUUGACGAUUCCAGAGGACCAUCGGCCUCUCUUCUCUCCCUCCCUCUCCCUCUCUCUCAAUUCGCCCCCGCUCUGAUCUUCAAAAUCCAACCUCUAAUCUGCUCGCAUCUCCGGCGAAUUCGACGCCUCAUCGUCGCGAAUUCGCAGGUCCGAUCCCGAAUCCGGCGCGGCUUCUUGCGGCCCUCCGACGAUCGCCGCGCGCGUCUAGGGUUUUCCCGGCUCCAAAUCCGAUCGGUUCGGCGCCGCCGCCGCUUCCGACGAUGGACGGCAACAAGGACGACGCGCUCAAGUGCCUGAAGAUCGGGAAGGAAGCGCUCGAGUCCGGCGAUCGCGCCCGCGCCCUGAAGUUCGUCGCCAAAGCUCGCCGCCUCGAUCCGAACCUGCCCGUCGAUGACCUGCUGUCGAAGAUCGAGGGGCAGUCCGAGUCGCAGCCGGAAUCGACCAACGGCGGUGAAGGGCCGGCGCCGGACCGAUCUGGCCCGGCGCAGCCGGAUCAGCAGAGGCCGUCGGUCCGGCACCGCGGUCCGUCGGCCGGCUCCUCGUCGUCGUCCUCCUCGUCGAGCGCCGCGGCGUACACCGAGGAGCAGAUUGCGAUCGUGAGGCAAAUCAAGAAGAAGAAGGACUUGUACGAGAUAUUGGGGGUGGAGAGGAGCUGCACCGUGGAGGAUGUGAGGAAGGCCUACAGGAAGCUCUCCCUGAAGGUUCAUCCUGAUAAGAACAAAGCUCCCGGGGCCGAGGAGGCGUUCAAGGCGGUUUCGAAGGCCUUUCAGUGCCUGAGCGACGAAGGGAGCCGGAAGAAGUAUGACGUCACCGGUUCCGAUGAGCCCGUCCACAUGGCUCGGGCGGCCAGGCGCGGCCCGGCGCAAGGGUUUAAUGGAUUUUACGAGGCGGAGUUCGACGCCGAUGAGAUAUUCAGGAACUUCUUCUUCGGCGGAAUGCACCCCGCGACCACGACGCAGUACAGAGGGUUUAGCUUCGGGGCUGGAAUGGGGCAGAGGCAAGCGGAUAACGCGUCGAGUGGGUUCAAUCUGAGGAUGUUGAUUCAGCUGCUGCCCGUCAUUUUGAUCCUGCUAUUGAACUUCUUGCCGUCUUCGGACCCGAUUUACUCUCUAUCGAGGUCGUAUCCGUACGAGUACAAGUACACGACGCAGAGGGGUGUGAAUUAUUAUGUCAAGUCCACCUCAAAGUUUGAUCAGGAUUAUCCCCCGGAUAGCUACGAAAGGGCGAGGCUUGAGGUGAAGAUCGACAGGGAUUACAUCUCCAUCCUCGCGCAGAACUGUAGGGUUGAGAUGCAGAGGCGGCAAUGGGGAUUUAUAAAGGAGAUGCCGCAUUGCGACAUGUUGCAGAAGUUCGAGGGAGUGGCUUGAUGAGCGUGGAGAUGAGAUUGUCCAAUGGAUACAUUUCUUCCAUUGUCUCUUGCAAGGAGAUGUUGGCUUUCAUUUGCACGCUGAUGCGAUGGACCUCAAAAGUAAUUUUUGUUGUGAAUGCGGAACUGAACUUCCCUCUUACCCCUUUAGCUAGUAAUGCCCUGCGGCCCGGGGUUGAGACAUAUAAUAUGAAUUUCUGCCAUAGGUUAUUCUUGUUUGUUUAACUAUAAUAGUUUUGAACAGUCAAUGGGACUCCGCCUGAGUGUCGAUUCCUCUGGAGUCGUCAUUAUAUCGGAAUUUAGAUAUGAAGCUAUCGUAAUGCUCUUAAUUCGAUCGAGUUCCUUGCACAUAUGGUACUACCAGGCUCUAUUCUCCAGCUAACUGCCAGUAUGGCUGUUUAUAUGGAAGCGGUUGUUGCUUUGCUGUGUAGAAGACUUGUCUUCAUACAAUAAAUUUCUGUGGUGGGAUGCCAUGGACUAUGCAGAAGAUACUUAUUAGCAUUUGUUUUGCUGCAAUGCAGUUUGUCUCCUGUUAUAAACAUAUGAUUUAGUGGGAAACAUCAUUAAUUUCAUCA